AUGAGAAUACCAACCCUCCUCUCCCUCCUGGGAGCAGCCACCGCCCUCACCCACAACAACCCCCCUCUUCAAACCUCCCUAACAGUCCACAUCCCCCGCUCGGCCCCCCUCCCCAACCCGGCCGCUCUCCUUCCCCAAACACACGCGACCCUCAACUCCCUAACCAAACACCACUCCGCCCCAUUGUCGGACAAAUCCAACUUCCACUUCCACAACGUCACCCCCGGCUCUUACCUGCUAGACAUCCACUGCCUCACCCACGCGUUUCUUCCCCUCAGAGUGGACAUUUCCCCCUCCUCCUCCUUCUCCUCCUCCUCCUCCUCGGACCCGUCAGAACAAUCACCCAUCAAGAUUGAAGCAUGGGAGACGUUUAGGGGCAACGACUGGGGAAACAAAGGGGAGAAGGUCUCUAUUGAGGUGUCGGACGGGAAUUCGGGGAUAGUGGUUGUGGCGAGUAUGGCCGGCCAAAAGAGCUAUUUCAUGGAGAGGAGUUCGUUUUCGGUGCUGAGCAUCUUCAAGAACCCGAUUAUCCUGCUGAGUUUGGUUUCAAUGGGGUUGUUUUUUGGGAUGCCAAAGUUGAUUGAAAAUAUGGACCCGGAAAUGCGCGCCGAGUGGGAGGAGCAGCAAAAGAGCAACCCGAUGAAUGCGCUGAUGGGGGCGGCGAGCGGGCAGCAGGGGGGAGGGGGGAUGGGGAAUUUUGAUAUGGCUGCUUUCUUGGCUGGGAGCGGUGGGGGUAAGGAGGAUAAUAAGGGGGGGAAUAAUGGUGGGGGGAAGAAGAAGAACAGGUGA